AAUCAUACAGCUGUGUACAGUUGUGUACUAUCUAUCGUGACACGACUUUUCGUACAUGGGUUUACUACCUUAGCUUUGUGAUCACGUUGUCAUUAGCGGUCUCCUUACAGGCAAUAGGCUAAUAUCCAUCCGGAAUACAACUUGCCUGGUUCUUUUUUCGACGGAAAAUGACAUCGGGCUUUAAUUAUGAGAAAAAGGGAGGGGAAAGCUGUAGUAAUGUACUUGUGCACAAUCCUAAUUUGGAUGCCAUGAAAGAGGAUAUACUUUACCAUUUAAAUUUGGGGACAGCCACACAUGAUUUGCCAGCCAUAUUUGGAGAUGUCAAGUUUGUAUGUGUAGGUGGCAGCCCAUUGAGGAUGAAGGCAUUCAUAGAGUUCAUCGGUCAUGAGUUGGGCUUGGAUGAGCCUAAAGCUGAUUACCCCAACUUCUGUGCAGGGACUGACCGCUAUGCCAUGUACAAAGCGGGGCCGGUGCUCUCAGUCAGUCAUGGAAUGGGCACUCCCUCAAUAGCCAUCUUGCUUCAUGAACUAAUAAAACUCCUCUACCAUGCUCGCUGUACUGACGUCACAGUUCUGAGAAUUGGAACCUCCGGCGGAAUAGGCCUGAAACCCGGCACUGUUGUUAUCACCAAACAGGCCCUGGAUGCCUGUUUCCUGCCACGCUUUGAGCAAGUGAUUCUGGGAAAGCCAGUGGUCCGGAGCACUGAUCUCGAUUCUGAUCUGGCAGAAGAGCUGUUCCAGUGCAGUAAAGACUUCGAUGAAUUUGAAACUGUCAUUAGCAACACUAUGUGCACAAUGGACUUUUAUGAGGGUCAAGCCCGGCUGGAUGGGGCCUUCUGCUCAUAUACAGAGGAAGACAAACAGAACUACCUUAAAGAAGCCUAUGCUGCAGGAGUCCGCAAUAUUGAGAUGGAGUCUUCUGCAUUUGCUGCCAUGUGUAAACGUAGCGGUCUUAAAGGGGCAGUGGUGUGUGUGACUUUGUUGGAUCGUCAGAAGGGAGAUCAGAUGAGCGGCUCUCAAGAAGUCCUUCACGGCUACCAACAGCGGCCACAAAUGCUUGUGGGGCACUUCAUCAAGAGGCGUCUGAAUGCCAUGAGCAGAGGCGUCUUCUAAAUCAUCUCCUGAUGCUGACAAGGGCAGGCAUCCCAGCAGGCCUGAGGCAGCAGGAGCAGGUGGAGCAGCAGGAGCAGCAGGCCUGAGGCAGCAGGAGCAGGUGGAGCAGCAGGCCUGAGGCAGCAGGAGCAGGUGGAGCAGCAGUAACUGGGUGACGAGGGUCUGAUAUCACGAACCCGCCGUUGCGAGUCUGUGUCGCUUUGGAUACAAGUGUCUGCUUCAUAUUACUCAACGUCAACUUUUAACUUUAGGAGCGGACAGUGGCAGAGUUGUCUGACCUCUCACCCCACAUUUCUCUCUCUCUCCUCUGCUGUGUCUUAGAAGUUGGAUGAGACGACCCAAUGAACUAAUGAACUAACCAGAAAGAUGAUGAUGAUGUUUCAUCAUUCCCUAUACAACUCUACCUGGGAAUGAACUUUGAAUGUCCUUUACAUGAGACAUGAGUACUGAGGAUGGUCAGUCUGUUUUCUGGACUUAGUUCAUUUAACACCUGGUGACAGUGGAAGAUGAAUAUUGUACAGGAAAUGUGUUGAGCAGAAGGAAUAAAUGCAGUAUUGGUCUCACAGUUGAGUCUCAAAAGGCAGUGGGCACCCCCUGGACUUUCUUUCCCACAAUAACCCCACAUCAAAACUGUACCGGGUUAUAACAUGUAAAGUGGACUUGCUGACUGAUGUUUCCUUUAGGUCAUGGUCAAGUGGAAUGACCUCUGCUCAGUGAGAUACACAUGUGACAUGUAACUGGACAUGAUGCUGCACACACAAACACACACACACAUAAAGGCAACAAACUGUUUUUUUUAUUUCAUUUUAAUUUAUUUGUAUGUAGUUUUCAUAUAAGUUGAAUGCUGUUUCCUUUUCCAUUACCCAUAUCCAAGUAAAGACAACAUUUUAACCA